ACUACGUCAUCUUCCGGCGACUUUUUCACGUGUUAAUAACAGAACAGCGGGAGUAGAAGAGGUGGUUUUAAUCAGGCCUGUUUCAGGAUCUCCUCUCUCUGACCUUAGCAGAGGAUUUCUACCCAGCUGCUCAUCUUCAUCAUCGUCCUUUGCCCCGGCAGCCAUGAGCGACAGCGAUGACGACGUUCCCACACUGUCCGCCCACACUCUGGCUGCCCUGCAGGAGUUCUACAACGAGACCAGGACCGGUCCCGAUCCGGAUGGGACGGCGUCGGACCCGUUUGCUGUGGGAGCAGUAGAGGAGGACUGGAGGAUGAGUCAGUUCUGGUACAGUGAUGAGACGGCGGCGCUGUUAGCAGAGGAGGUCGUACGGGAAGCCGGAGAGGGAGGCAGGGUAGCGUGUGUUUGCGCUCCCAGCGUGUACCAGAAGUUGAAGCAGGGCGUGUUGGACGGGUCAGACAAGGUGUCAGCUGUGGUGUUGGAGUACGACCGCCGCUUCUCCACCUACGGGGACGACUUCAUCUACUACGACUACAACGAGCCGCUGUCGCUGCCCUGCGGCGUGGCCCCUCAGAGCUUCGACGUGGUCCUGGCCGACCCGCCCUACCUGUCCGAGGAGUGCCUGAGCAAAGUGGCCCAAACCAUCCAGUACCUGAGCAAAGGCAAAGUGCUGCUCUGCACUGGAGCCAUCAUGGAGGGCGUCGCCAAAGAGCUAUUGGGGGUAAAAAUGUGCUCCUUUUUGCCCAAACACAACAGAAACUUGUCCAACGAGUUCCGCUGCUUCAUCAACUAUCCGUCCCGCCUGCUGUCGAGCUGAGGAACCGACGGGUUAAAAGACGAGCGGCGGGUUUGGGAAGCAGAGGAAGAUCCAUUACCAGAACCUGCAUCUGUAAUCCAGUUAGAAACCACUGACUGGUUAUUUGAUCAUUUCAGGAAGAAAUAUGAACAGUUUCCAGCUUUUAUCUUGAAAAAUGCUGAGGCUUUUUUUUUAUUUGUCUUUGCCGUUUUCCUGCUGCUCUCAUUGGACCAACGGCUAAAGAGAAGUUCAGACAUUUCAUCCAUUCAUUAACAAGUUAUUUAUGUUCUUUACGUAAUUGAUGCCUGAAAAUUUGCUUAUUUCAACAAAUUCUGAUUAACAUAAUUUCCAGGUUAUGGUAGGUUUUGAAUCACACAUAAUCUUUCCCCAGUGAUGCAUUUUUUGGGUGAAUGUUACUACAAACCCGAGUAAGUUAAUCAAAGUCAGAAUUUAAAAUGGAGUCAAUUAAAUCCAACUUUUUAUGUAAGGAAGUACAACAAAAAAUAAACAUUUUGUGUAUUAAAGGUUUGUAAGUUAGAUUUAUUUUGGAAAAGUAAACUUUAUUAUUUAAAGUUUAUCAUUUCUAUUCAAUGUUUAUGUUGUUUUUCAGUCCAGGUUACUCUAAGCAAUACUUAACCAAUCAUAAAAUAAUUUAUUUUAUGAUUUAGUUUUUAUUAAAUAAAAACAAAAAGUAAUGAUUGAGUCCAGUAGAUGCUUGUUCAGCCCAGCUGACUUAUAAGACAAUUUAGGUUUUAAACGAUUCACAAAAUGCUUUCAGAUUAUACUGAGUUAUAUUGAACCAUACUGCAACAUUAAGCACAGGAAGUCUUAUUAGACUCAAUACUUACAACCAGCGAAGAUCUUUUUACUCAACUAUCAAGGAUUUUGUUUUUCCUCCAGCAGUUUAAUCUACAUAUUUAAGAUGAGUAUCAACAAGUUGAGGGGAAUUGUAUUCUGUUCUCUUUAAAUCUUUUAGGAUAUUGAAUGUUGCGAGUGAAGAUACUCCAUCAUCCAGGUCAUAGUCAUAUCAAAAAAGUUAAAAAACAAUCAACUGGACUUUGUAUCCAAGUUUGAAGAAGUUUCGCUUACCAUCCAGGAAUAAUGAGAUUUGGAAUUGAAAAUGUUUCCUGGAUGGGAAGCGAAACGUCUUCAAACUUGAAAACAAAGUCCAGUGGAUUGUUGUUGUUUUUUUUACUUUUUGGAAUGAGAUACUGAAUGUUGACUUCUACAAUGUAAAUGUAUUUUACUGAAUAAACUUAAAGAAAUGUAAAGAAUCUACGCAACGACUUCAGUGGACGUGUGUUUGGAUCCAGAAUAAACCGUCAAACACAACUGAAAUAAAAAAAACUGAUGCAUUAUGGGAAAUGGGAGAUGAAUCUAACCUGUGGCUCUUUAGACACUCGGCGACAGCUCUUCAUCACUUUGGUUGAAAAAUGAAGCUAAUAUUUGUCAAAAUGUAUACACUAAUAAAUACUUUUUAUGUUUUUUAAA